CUAGGUGUCACUUACGUUUCCCAGGCUAGUCAUGGUGUAGGCGACGAAGGUGUACGGUUCAAUCCUUUCGUGUAAUUUUGUAAUGUUUCAUGCACUCUAAACCAGUGGUUGUUGUUAGAGAAUGGCGUCCGCACCGGGUCUUCCUCUCCCCUUACGAAAAAAAACGCAAAGGGAAUUGCCUGCGGUUCUGUCUGUGCUUGUGUUAGUGCUUGCGGCGGCGAGACAGACCGGUGCCUUCAACCUGGAUACCAGUCUGGCCCGAGUGCUGGCGGGGCCCAACAAGACUUACUUCGGGUACUCGGUGGCUCUGUGGGCGGAUGUCAGGAACCCCGCCAGGCUGGUCGUGGGCGCGCCCAAGGGAACGGACUCCGCGGACGCGAACGGCACAAUACCCCUCGGGAACGUGCACCUGUGCGACCCCUUUGGCUCCGUCUGCCCCGCCUUCUUGCAGCUGCCCAAGCUCUCCGGCAAAGACGAAAGCAAACCGGCAAUUGCGGACGAAGGUUUGCGCGCCCAAGGAAUAGGCUUCGGGGAGACGGUUUACGCCACGGAUUCUGCCAGUUCCAAGCUUGCGGUAUGCGCCCCCAGGUACCCGAGGCAAGCCACGUCCUACACAGCGCUUCAGCCUCGCGGGGCCUGUUUUGUGCUGCAAGAUGAUCGCGGCGCGUUUGUCAAAGUCCUGCCUUAUGCUGAGGAAUGUUACAUCCUCAAUGGGCUUUGCUUCAAGAACACGAAUGUCUACACGGGAUACGCGCUACACGGAUUCAGCGUAACCAUGAGCGAGGAUCAUAGGAAUAUUUAUAUGGGAGGACCCUACGCCUUCUACGCUCAAGGUCAGGUCGCCCGCGGGAAAACGGGCGACGGCCUCGUCAACACCUUCAACAAGCAGACCUACGGCCCCUCGUCCCUGGAUUACAGCCUGGAGGGAUGGGCCACCGCGAUCGGCCAGUUCGACGGCCGCCAGCACUCCGUCGCCGCCUCGACUCCCGCCUGGAGUAACUCCAAGGGGAUGGUGUCCAAAAGACCGAGGUCGGUGCUCGUCGGUAAAGAGCCUUGGGGUCGAUUUGGUCACACGGUCAGCUGUCCCGGGGACCUCAAUCAGGAUGGCUAUGAUGACGUGGCGGUCGGGGCUCCCUUUAGCGACGAGGGAGGCGUCGUCUACAUCUACAACGGCGGAGGGAACGGCCUGCGGACUGAACACACGCAGAAAAUCACCGCGUCCCAAUUCUCGGCCGGAAUUCGCAGCUUCGGCUUCAGCAUCGACGGUGGCAUAGACGUCGACAACAACAGCCAUCCCGACUUGAUCAUCGGCGCACCGGAAUCGGACACAGCUGUCUUCAUCCGAACUGCCCCUGUGGUGAAUCUGGAGGGCACCAUCGAGGUCGAACCGAGAGUCAUCUCAAUGGGCAACAAGCUAUGCAACGUUGGGGGCCAAGAUGUCGCAUGCUUCAACAUUACCGUCAACAUGCAGCACAGGACCAAAAACGUGUCGCAGAGUUUACCGAUGGUCUUCUCGUUCGAUCUGGAUUCGAAGUACAGGAGAUUUGCCUUCAUGGACGGUGGCGAUUAUCGGUUGGUCGUAACGCAUGAUGUAAGGAGCGUUGCUGAUAACAUGCUUACGUUGUCCAAAGUAGCUUACGUGAAGGAAGGUCGGCCCCGCCUGGACGUCCCGCUCCUGGUCCGCGCCAACGUCAGCCUCGCCCCCGUCAGCGGGCCUCAGCGCCUUCCCCCGGAGCGCAGGGACGUCCCCAGCAUCCUCGACCUCCUGAGUCCCCCGGUGUUCGAGGCCCGAGCGAGGCUGGAGUGCGAGGAUAUCACCGCCUGUUACUCGAAGCCCGACCUCGUACUCGAAUCUAGGCACAAGGAGCUGAUGGUGCAGGAGGGAAGCGUGGAGAUCGAGGUAGUGCUUCAGGUCCUCCAAGCGACGGCCUACUCGGUCACCCUCGAAGCCACGUAUCCUUCCGUCCUCACAUUCUCGCACGUAUCCGGCUCUCGCUUCCUCCCCAAGUGUCGCGAGUCGCUCUACGUAUCCGAGAGGACUCGGGCCAAGCAGAUCUGCACGUAUAAUGAACUCGCAAAGAAUCUUAUGGUCAGCAUGCUCUUCCACUUCGAGUAUAACCCUCUGACCUUGCUUGUCUACGAGGAGCGUCACCUCAACCUGAGCUUUGUGGCUGCCAGUGAAAUCCCCGACAGGAAUGAGAGAGACAAUGCCUUCGCCAUUAACGUGCCUGUGGUGUCUCGCGUCGACCUGUACACUGAGGGAGUCUCAUCCCCGGACAACGUGGAAGCCCGGAUUAACGAAACCCUCAGCCUUCGGGAAAUAGUGAACGUGUCUCAGGCGGCCAUCAACCGGACGCAGCUCGGGCCGGAGACAACCCACCGCUUCAGCGUCACCAACAGGGGCCCGUCGCCUCUCUUGGCCGCUGAGAUGGAGAUCCGCGUGCCCUUCGCAGCGCCCAACGGCCUGCCUCUCCUGUACCUGGUGGAGAAUCCCGUCAUGUCACCUUCUCUCACCUGCUCCUCCGUUCCUGUGAAUCCGAGGAAUUUUAAUACACACACACACACACACACACACACACAACACAAACACACACACACGAGGCACAGAGACAGAGAGACAGGCAGAGACAAACCGCCAAACAUCCCACUGACCUAUUCCUCGAACUCUUUCUGCGCCUCUGACGUGAAACACCCUUUGUAUCGCCACAGAUGCCACGUCACUUCGCUCCUUCCCGACGAGACGGUGUAUCUUCAGUUCACAACAUACAUCACGACCGCGACAAUCAAGUUAAUAGGCUAUACGUCGGUGGCCCUCGAGUCGUCCCUCGUCAUUACCACCAGUCAGGCCAAUGUCACCGUCUCGCGCGGCAACGGACGGCCCGACGCGUCCACGGCCAACACGCACGUCACGCUCAUUGCGCAGAGGCUCGGGUUCUUCAAGCGCAAGCGACUGAAUGACGAUCAAAGGGAGUUGAUGAAGCAGAGUCAGAAACGUAGGACGCAGUACAUGGAGUAGGGGAGACGUAUCUGAGAGAGAGAGAA